UCUACCAUCAGUUCCAAAUUUUGUUGUAAAAAUAAACGUCAAGAGUAAAACUUCAUUGUAAUUGUUUUACAGUAGACUUGACUUGCGUUUAAGUACCUGUCCUAGAAAUCUUUCAGACGAUUAGUGCUGAUUGAGCACCUAUUGCGUUUUUCUUUCAUUAAUUUGUUUUAGGACCGUAUAAGAUUGUAAAAUGCCUUUCCCACGUACUGGUCGUACUAAUCAUACUGGUCGUACUGAUCGUACUGGUCGUAAUGGUCGUAAUGGAUCUAAUGAAAAUUUGGAUGGUUUCUCUCUCUUGAGUUCAGCCCGAGCUCAACUAAACCAAUACAGAAACUUAGUACAAAGUAAUAUUACUGAUCAUUAUGGCAGUGACGGCGAAUCUAUUGAUUAUGAAAGUGGGGGGGAUGAUACUCCUGAGCAUGACUGGUUUAAGCUUGAAGCAGAGGAAAACGAAAAGUUGCUCGACCGUGCACAUUUUAUUAAGUUUAUAACUAACACGGACACCCCGAAAAAGCGCACUAAGAAGGAUGGGGCCAAUGAUGUGUUCACCGAACGCAUGAAUAGACGUAACGCAUAUUUAAGACAAGAAUUGCAAGAAUGUGAAAGGUAUUAUGCAGAGACAGGAGGUGCAGUCAGUAGUGAAACUGAUUCUACCGUUUCAACUGAAUAUUAUUUGGGAUCUUCAUGUGAUGAUGAAAAUCAGACUAUUUCAUCAGCUGAAACAACUUCUAGCGAAAAUAACCAGACUGAUUCAACAGAGCAUUAGAUUUGGUUGUUUAGAAAAUUGGAGGUUAAAAUUCCUUUUUCUGUACAUUGGCUUAGUGUUCAAUUUUUUACAAUAAAAAUUUUAUGUUAAUUUUAUGUCUUAUUGGCAUCUGUUAAUAAAUAUGUAUAUUUA